AUGUCGACGGCAGCGCUGGUCGCCGCGGUUGAUCCUUCUCUCAAACUCAAGACUUUCGUGGACUCGCUGGAACUGGGCUCCAGCUUCAACCCGGUCAUGGAGGCUUACUGGACUGGCCUGCCGCAUCAUCGUCGGACGCCUUUUGCGGUCUCGCCCGAUGGCAAGACUGGAUAUCUGGCGUAUUUGGAUAGCAGUGGAACGGGAGUGCAUGUCCAGCAAGUUGAUCCUUCGACUAUGGCGGCCACGGGUACCCCUGUGACCAUCGAGAACGUCAAGGAGGCGGGAGGCCUGGUUGCCCACAACGAUGGGUUCGCACUUCUUGGAAACGAGCCGAUUGCUACUACUGUUGCCAAUGCGCCCCCGAGCGGCACUCCUGUUCCAGCAAUCUAUCGGUACAGCAAUGGCGAGCAGCAGUGGAAAACGUUCGUUGCUGGACCUGGCGUUCACGAGGAGGAUGGUCUCUCGAUGGCACCGGACAUGAAUGGCGAUCUUGUCUGGUCUGAGGAAUCCGAGCUGUAUGGCGCGUACUUCGUCGUCACAGACUACUCCGGCGAUGCUACUGGCCACUUUGGUGACAGCAUCCAGUACGUCAACUCGAACGGUACUCUUGAGACUAUCGAUGGUGCGUCGAGCUCCUGGGGCUGCUCUCACAACACUGGCAUUGCAUUCGAAGCCGCCGACGAAGCUCCAUUCGCCAGUAUCUGCGCGGAGGACCAAGGUGCCAUCUGGCUGAACACGGGUGCCACGGGUAUGAUGAACAAUGGAGUGAAGGUCUCGAACGAAAAUACCACAAACGGAGCUGGUGGCGAGGCCCUGGGCGGUAUGUCAGGCUCAUACUCCGGCCUAGCUCGCUUUGUCAACUCAACCUCUUACAUCUUCACCUGGGUAUCUCGAGGUGCUGCUGAUCUGACCGAAAACGCCUGGAUGGGCGACGGCUACACCGCCGCUCAGAACCGCACCAACGGUCGACGUGUCGCCAUGGCCAUGUUCACAGACAAGUCCACCAAGGCUGCCGCCCAGGCCUCUUCGGAAGUUGGAGCCAGCGGAGACGACCAGGUCAACUGGAUCACGACAGAAAUCGGCGCAGACCGCAGCAACGCCCACGUUGCCGUCUUCGACGACCAGUACGCUCUGAUCUCCUGGGAGGAAAUUGCCGAGCCGAGUUGCGACUUCAUCGCCAUGGGUUGCAGCGGCACGUUCACUGGCUCGUACUUCCAGCUCGUCAACACCUCUGGCCAGAAGAUUGGCGAGCCGCUUAAGAGCAACAACACGUACGUUGCCGGCGAUAUGGUGACGACGAACGAUGGUAGCAUCUGCUGGCCGUAUGUGAACAUGGAGUGGAGGCUGGACGCACCGGCUUUGAGCCUGAACGUUGCGGAUACGACGAAGAUCAGCUUCGCUUGUAUGACUCUUGUCUAG